AUGGUUCCUCUUGUGGCCAUUGCCAUAACGCGAAGCACUAUCUCUGCUGGUAUGUUUGGCCCAAACACGGAUAAUCGCCAUAGCAUCUCUUUCAAGACCUAUGAUUCAACCUCAGUCUCUUCCGAUGAGAAACUGCCAUUUCGAUGGCUCUCUAUCAGGUCACCCAAGGUGUUCCAGAGGUAUCCUGCAAUGAGAAAGUUAGUCCCACUACUGCCACCAGAUGUAAAGGAGCUCCCGUACUCCAACCACUUACCUCAGCCAAGUCUUCUUCCUCAUAGGGGACUCUGGAACACUUCAGGCCCAGUUACCAAGGUAAUGGAGGAUUCAAUUGCAAUUCUAAUCCUAAAAUCUGUAAUAUUUACAAAGCACAUAUUUUAAACAAAAUUGUGACCAAUCUAUGUGGAUGAAUGUUCAUUCACAAUGUAUCAUUUACUUGUUUUUUGCAAUCAUGCAGCCAAGAAAGACAGAGACCUUAAUUCAGAAGCACACAUUCUAAAUUCUCUACUCUGAUGGGUGAGAGGUAACUUUGACCAUGAUAAAAGAGAAAACUACCUUUACAAUAAUAGCAUCUAGAUUAUGGGUUUGUACUGAUAACUAAAUCCUAGUUACACUUUAGUACACCUUUUUGCUGACUUUAUUUUUAUUUUUAUCAACAGUGUUUCACACACUCAAUUCCUGAUGAGACAUGA